UUUGGGAGGGGUGGCCGGGGCUUUGCGGGGUCGCGCUCUCGGGAUCUGGGGCUGUCUCCGGUGGAGGGCGGUUGGGGUCUCCGGUGCGUCCCGGGAAGCUAAGCAGUCUGGGUCCGCUUCCUUCUCCGCGGCGUUAGGAGGCAGCCGUUGCCAUGACAACCCAGGCAAGUUUGGUGGCGAACCGAGGCCGCCGUUUCAAAUGGGCCAUUGAGCUGAGCGGCCCUGGAGGAGGCAGCAGGGGCCGAAGUGACCGGGGAGGAGGCCAGGGAGAUUCCAUGUAUCCAGUGGGUUACCUGGACAAGCAAGUGCCAGAUACCAGCGUCCAGGAAACAGACCGGAUCCUGGUAGAAAAGCGUUGCUGGGACAUCGCCCUGGGUCCCCUCAAACAGAUCCCUAUGAACCUUUUCAUCAUGUAUAUGGCAGGCAACACUAUCUCCAUCUUCCCCACCAUGAUGGUGUGUAUGAUGGCCUGGCGGCCCAUUCAAGCACUUAUGGCCAUUUCAGCCACUUUCAAGAUGCUGGAAAGUUCAAGCCAGAAGUUCCUCCAGGGCUUGGUCUAUCUCAUUGGGAACCUCAUGGGGUUGGCUUUAGCUGUCUAUAAGUGCCAGUCCAUGGGGCUGCUGCCUACUCAUGCAUCAGACUGGUUGGCUUUCAUUGAACCCCCUGAGAGAAUGGAAUUCAGUGGUGGUGGGCUACUCUUAUAAUGAAGGGAAAACGUGAAUUGGUGCCCCUCUCACACUUGGAUCCCAUUUGAUUUUUGUCACUAGUCCCUUCUCAGUAACACUUUAGUCUGUUCUGUUCUGCAAAGGUCUCCUGUGCUGAAAAGAAGAAUCAAAAAACUUCUCUUCUCAAAGGUAAAAAAGAACAAAGCUAAUAGGAUUAGAGUACCAACAAAGAAAAACUACAGAGAUACUCCUGGCUGAAAAUAAUGUAAAAAACUUUAUUUAUGUUUCCAAUACAGAGCAAAAACAACAAUCAAAACCGUAAUUCCAUGUAAACAAAAGAAUGGCUGCUUCAGCCUCUCCUCUCAAUAAAUUAAACUGCUCAGAACGGCUCUUGGAAAAGAAAACAAAA